UAAUUAAGUUUCCAAAGGGUUAAAAUGAGCGAUUGCCUAUAAAAAUGUACUCAAACUUUGAGUUUGUACUUUUGAUGACUUCUCACCCAUAAAAGGGAGUGCGAAACAUUCUUCACAAGUUCCGGUAGGAACGCUUAAUUACUCAGUCUUCGAAAAUGGGCAUUAUUUGUUUAUUGUCACAAUUUAAUACUUCAUUCUAAUGCGUCAAGGAAAGAUGAACAGAUGUAUUUAAAAUAUUUUAUAUUUAGGAAAUAAUGAUAUUCUAUUACAUCAGUGUUUAAAAGUUCCUCGGUGAUGAGCAAGUAAAACGCACGCUCAAAAAAUGGAAACCUGGUUUUGGAUUCUUGGCUGGUCUCUUUCCAUCCUAACGAUAGCUGGAAAUGGAUUUAUUAUCUUCCUUGUCUACAGCAAACGGCAGCUUCGUACCAAAACCAACGCGUUUGUGGUUUCACUGGCAGUGGCGGACUUCUGUGUCGGGAUAAGCGUUGUUCCAUCAAUGUUCUUCUGUGAGAUGGCAAAUGGGUGCAAGCGACAAUUUUUCUGGACAAGGCCUCCAAGGUUGCUGUUCAGCUACGCGUCAGUGAUGAACCUGUACAGCUUAGUAGUGGAUAGAUACAUUGCAGUUGUCAAGCCUUUCAAAUACCUAACCUUCAUGAAGCGUCGCCGUGUAAUUCAAAUGGUCUCCUUAUCUUGGGCAAUCCCACUCGCCUACGGAAUUGUUUUCUCACUGUACUUUUUUAUUUUUAAAAACCCUCAUUUCCGGAACUCUCUGUUUUGGGUAACAGUGGUAUUUUUUGAGCUUCUUCCCUGUUUUAUUUUGAUAGCGAGCUUCGCAUUCAUGUUACAAGUUAUUUGUAAGCACGAGCGUGCCGCCCGCACCAGAGCACGACAGUUACGUUUCAACCAUCAUUGCGUUUCGUUUAGAAUUCAAGAAAAAUCCGCGGUCAAAAUAAUGGCAGUUGUUAUAGGCUUGUUUCUACUGUGUUACGGAUUUUAUAUUCGCUGCUCCUUUAAAAUUAUUUUAAAGGAAAAAAACUGUAAUGACGAGGAGUAUAAAAUACCUCUGUUAGUUUUAAGCUCCGCCAUUAAUCCUGUAGCUUACGCUUUCUUCAAGAGAGACAUUAAGAGGGAGAUUAAAAGACGCAUCUUUUGUGUCAUCCGUGAAGCAUGAAGCGCAAGGCUUUUCAUGAAACAUAGGAACAAUUGUUUAAGUCCAGAAAACUCCUGUAGGAGUGUCUUUAUUUAUUGUCGCAGUAAAGAAUUGGUAUUUAUCAUUAGCUAUAUAGUAGACUUGGAACAGAAAUAUACCUAGAAUGUUAAGAGAUUAAUUAAAAUGUUUUACCUCUUUUACCAGCCUUCAAUUCAAUUUUAAACAACUGAUUACGAGGGGAAAAAGACUUUAUAAGCUUUUACAGUGAUUUGACUUAAACUUAGCUUUGGACACUGUCAAGAGAACUGUCU